UCCCCGUGACCGUGAGACGUGUCGAACUGCUGAUCCACAAUCCGUCUCUCUUUACUCAGCUCAGCUCCCCGUCCCCAGAUCCGGCACGAAUGGCCUCCUACGACGGCGAGGACGACUCCGGCCGCCGCCGCCCGGCGCAGCAGCACCGCCCGUCCGGCGGGGGCAGCGGCGACCUGGCGGCCAGCGCCAAGCUGGUGGCGGAGGCGGCCAAGGCGGCGCUGCAGGACCACAACCUGGGGAAGGUCGACAAGGGCCGCACCGCCGAGGCCGCCGCCGACCUCCUCUACGCGGCCUCCCUCUACGGCAAGCUCGAGGGCAAGCCCAUGGGUGGGUACUUCGACAAGGCCGAGGACUACCUCCACAAGUACGGGAGCAAGGAGGGGGGCAGCGGGGGCGGGAAGCACCAGCCGGCUGCCCAUGGGGGUUCAGGUGCGAGCCAUGGAGGGGGCAGGUACGAGGACGAGGAUGACUACAAGAAGAAGCCCAGUGGUGGUGGGAGGUAUGAGGAGGAUGAUGAGUACAGGAAGAAGCCUAGCAGCGGUGGGGGAAGGUAUGAGCAAGAAGAUGACUACAAGAGGCCUCCUAGCGGCGGCGGCGGUGGCUAUGGUGGGGGAAGGUAUGAAGAAGAUGAUGAGUACAAGAAGAAGCCUAGUGCUGGUGGAUAUGGAGGUGGAGGAAGAUACGAAGAUGAGUACAAGAAGAAGCCAACCGGCAGCCAUGGUGGAGGGAGGUAUGAGGAAGAGGAUGAGUACAAGAAGAAGCCUAGUGGGGGAAGGUAUGAGGAGGAUGACUACAAGAAGAAGCCUAGUGGAGGAAGGUAUGAGGAAGAUGACUACAAGAAGAAGCAUAGUGGCGGAAGCCAUGGAGGGAAGGACGAGUCGGAGGGCGGCAGCAUUGGAGACUACCUGAAGCUUGCACAGGGCUUCAUGAACAAGCAGGAAGGCGGGAAGAAGACCAGUGGCCAUGGAGGAGGAGGAGGGUAUGGGAAGGAGGACAAUUACGAAGAGGAUAGCAAGAAGAAACAUGGGAGCGGAAAAGACGAGUCUGGCAUGGGAGACUACCUGAAACUUGCGCAGGGGUUCAUGAACAAGAAGGAUGGCGAGGGAGGAAGCGGGGCUGCUAUGGGGGACUACUUGAAGCUUGCAGAGGGCUUCAUGAAGAAGCGUUGAUUUACGACUGAUCUUCACUGCAUCAUGAUUGAUGAGGGGCUUUGUGUUUGGUUAGUCCCUUGUCCUGUUUAACUUCUGUAUGCUGUAGAAUUUCCUCCGGUUUCCGCCCUAAAAUGCAGCAAAACUGUAUUGCUGCUGUUGUGUGCAAUGUACUGCGUCCGAAUGUGCCACUUGCUGUUUCGGGAGAAUAAAAGAUUGGAUGUAUAAACUUGUGUUGUUCAUGCUGUGUAAUAGUUCUGACCUGAAAUAAUCAUUCUAGUGUUAUGGUAA